AUGGGAUACCAAUGAUACCAUUAGUAUACACAAAUGAGAAAUUAAAACCAGAUGCAUUUUUAUUUAACUAAUAAUCUUUAUAUCAAUUGAUUAAUUCUGAGUAACUUAAAAAUGGAUUCAGCACAUCUUAAAAAUAAGUUUAAUGCUUAUGAUAGUGACAUGUACUCACAAUAUGAUUACCAUUUAGAUGGGGCAAAAGAAGAUCCAGAGGAAAUUCUUAGACACGCACUACGGUCAUCUUAUAGCAGAAGGGCAUCAAUGUCCACCAAAGCACCAACGGGUCUUCCUCUACCAUUUGCCACAACACCACAAAUAAAAGACCCACAAGCAUUAGUUUUGAGACCAGAAAGCUCUAGAAGUGGUUCAGAAUCAUCAAACAGACCAGCAACAGCUGUCAGAGGAGCUGGUUACACAUCACAUUCGUCAACUUAUGAUGUUUUAAGUCAGCCCUCAAGAAAUAUGAUCAUGUCAGAACCAAACAAAGAAGAAAGAAUAGAAGAUAAAAUCAAAAAACUUGAAAAACGCAUUCAUGAUUUAGUAAAUGAAGCCUGUUUGGCUGAAGCUAGAGGAGAUUUCCAGAUGGGAUUGGAGAAGUCAAAAGAUGCUUCAAAUAAGGAAAGAAGUUUAAUUAGAAUGCAAGAACAAGCAGGACUGAACGAUUCUCACAAUAUUGAUCUGACCUUUUUGGUGUUAUUUACAUUAGGUAACCAGUAUGCAGCAAAUGAAAUGUAUACAGAAGCUUUAAAUACAUAUCAAGUGAUUUCUAAGAAUCGUUUGUUUCAAAAUGGUGCACGAAUGAGAGUAAAUGUUGCUAAUAUUUAUGAAAAGAUUGGACAACCUGAAAAAGCAAUUAAAAUGUAUCGAAUGGCUCUUGAUCAAGUUCCAAACACCAAUAAAAGUUUCAAGCGAGCUAUCACACAUAAUAUUGGUGUAAUAUUUUUGAAACUAGGCAAGUAUGAAGAUGCUUGUUCAAACUUUGAAUAUAUUAUGCAUGAGAAACCUAUGUUUAAAGCAGGAAUGCAUGCCUUGCUAUGCUAUUAUAUGUCAGGCAAUAAAGAUAAAUCAAAACAAAUAUUCAAGCAAAUGUUAGAAAUAUCAUUAGAUAUAGAUUUUGAAGACAAGUAUGCUGCAAAUUCUGAUGAUAUUGAAGCAACACUCCUAGCAGAAGCUAUAAAAUCUGAUCCACUAACAAAAUAUGAAAAACAAAUUAAAUCAAAUUUUGAAAAAACAAUUCUAAACGCAGCACAUCUAAUAUCAUCAAUUAUUGAAGAUACAUUUACUGAAGGGUAUAGUUGGUGCUUGGACACUAUUAAAAUGUCCCGUUAUUCGUACUUAGCUGGUCACUUAGAGAUAAACAAAGCCGUUGGAUUUCUUUAUCAAAAUAACAUAACAUCAGCAAUUGAUACACUCAAAGCGUUCGACAACAAGGACAGUAAAGUAGCGAGUGCAGCUGCUACAAACUUGUCAUUCAUACAUUUUUUAAAAGGUGAUUUAGAACAAGCAGAAAGAACUUCAAUAGCUGCCUGUGAAACAGAUUCAUAUAAUAGCCUAGCAUGUGUCAAUCAAGGAAACUGCUUCUUUGUCAAACAAGAUUACUACAAAGCAAAAGAACUUUAUACACUCGCUUUAGAAAAAGACAUAAUGUGCUCAGAAGCAAUGUACAACUUGGGUUUAACUAAUAAACAACUUGGGCAUUUGGAUGAUGCGAUGGAUUGUUUUCAAAAGCUUCAUGUUAUUAUUAGUAAUCAUCCGGAAGUUAUUUAUCAAAUCGCUUCAUUAAAUGAAAUGAUUGGAGAUCUGGAACAAGCCAUAGAGUGGUAUUUACAACUGUUGAGUAUAGUUCCUGACGAUGUUGGUGUCUUACAAAAAUUAGGCGAUAUUUAUGAAAACAUUAACGAUAAGCAACAAGCAUACCAUUAUUAUUAUGAGUCAUACCGUCAUUAUCCUUCAAACCUAGAAGUGUUGGAUUGGUUAGGAGCAUAUUUUGUUGAAAUGAAAGUACCGGAAAAAGCAGUAGAUUACUUUGAACAAGCAUCCCUCAUGCAGCCAGCUGAACCAAAAUGGUACAUGUUAAUUGGAUCUUGUUAUAGAAGAGCAGGACAUUUUCAAUUGGCUUUACAAACAUACAAGGAUGUUUUAAAUAGAUUUCCAGACAAUACAGAGUGUCUCAAAUUAUUAAUCAGAAUAUGUACAGAUUUGGGACUAAAAGAAGCAUCAGAAUACAGUGAAUUGUUGAGAAAAGCUGAAAAAGCUAAAGAUAUUAGAGAACGUAUAAGUACAGCACGAACUGGGUACCGUAAGACAAUGGAAACAAGGGGUGGAACAGGUAUGGUUACGACUUCUAAUACAAAUAACUAUGUCCAAAAGCAAACAGCUUCAGGAGAAACGAAUAUUUAUGUACACAACAGCCCUAAAGAUUCAGGUUUAGCAAGUGAUUCUUCACAAAGACCUCGGACAUCUAGAGGAGGAACAGCUUUAAUUACAACAUCUAUGCCUUUAACAAGUGCAUAUUCUCGACAAAAUAUUUCUGAUGAAAUGAACAUUUAUGUUCACCCAGAAGCAAAAUUACCAAACGAAAUGUAUAAUGAUCCAUUGGGACCCUCACAAAGACCACGCACAUCCACAUCAAGACCAAUCACAUCAUUAGAAAAAGAAUUUGCAGAUGAACAAGUUCAAGACCUUUUACCGGAAUAAUUAUGUACAUAUUAUUUAAUAACAAUAGGA